UCCCGUCAGCCAUUGCUUCCUUAUGUCCGCCAUAUCGUUGCUGGAUCAUCGAGCGCUCAUAGUAGGAAGUAGCACAGAGUGGUGUGCAAGCAAGCAUUUGUGGGGAUACCGAAUCGCGGCCCCAUGCAGCACUCGCCAUACGAAAUAAAAGAGAAAUUAUUACAAGCUCUGGACCACGAGUACAAUGUUGUGGACAUGGCUUCAGUUUUGGAAGUUAUUGCUGCCUUGGAAAAAGCCAUUAUAACUAAGGAAGCUUUAGAAAAAACAAGAAUUGGGAAGUAUAUUAAUGAACUUCGAAAAAGGACAAACAAUGAGCAACUUGCUAGGAGAGCUAAAGAGCUAGUUAAGAGCUGGAGAAAACUCCUUCCACAAAAUCCUCAACGUGUCAAUGGCGAAGAAGUCAUCAACAGUGUUAGCUCAUCUUCUGGUAGCAUGACAGUUCUAGGUCCAGGUCCUGGCCCAGGAUUUGGGCCAGGACCUGGACCAGGAAAUCGAAUGUUAAAGACAAGUGUUUCAGUGCCUGGAACUCCAAGAUACAAAACUUCAAGUCCAUCAGUGAUGGGUGAACGAUCUUCUAGUCCCUACUUCUCUAGUGCCUCAAACAGCCCAUUAUUAAAUUCUUCUGUACUUCAGGGAACAAACUUACCUAUGCCAUCUAACUAUGCUCCAGUUAAGUUUACUAACUCUGUAAACAAAAGCUUACUUAAUGUUAGUAAUCAAAGUAAAAACAUGACUUCCAGUCAAUUGUUUAAGCCUAUAAGUCCAUCUGCUGGUAGGCAAGGUAGUAAUAUGACAUCCAGUGGAACAAAUGUGUUGCCUUCUCUAAGAACUUGUAGUCCUAAUGUCAACCUAGGGCUUAGGACCAAUUCAAGCUCUAGUAGUCCGUUAUUGAAUACAUCUGUGAAUUUGUGUUCUCAAGAUGCAUCUCCUCCAUUACCAUGUACUGUUGCUCAUUCCACCCUAGACAUUGCAAAAACAAAUGCUGCUAAUAAACGGCUACGAAAAAUGUCCUAUAGUCCUUCACCUAAAGAAGUUGUUAGUAACUCUAAAUCAAGAAUUGGCAAUGGAAUGAGUGAUGUGACUGAAAGUAUUUUACCUAGUGAGAGUUCUGCAUUCAAGAAUGUUAAUUUAUUUAAUUCCAAAUCAAUUGAAGGUGAUAAGACACUUAUAGUUACUAAUUCAAAAACCCCAAAGAGGAAAAGGAGCUUUGAAAAAAAUGAGCUUCAGGAAAAUCGACUGGGAGAUAUGAUAGCUUCCUUGCCUUCGGGCUCAAAACUUCCAAAAGUGAAAACAACUCAGCAGCUAAUAGCUGAUUUACAUGCUAAAAAAGGCACUGUACUUUCUCCUAAUAAUUUGACUACUGUUGAUUCCCUUCAUAGUUCUGAAGCUGAAGUGUCUCAAACGAAGUCUGAAUUACUCAAAAAGUUUUUGAUAUCAUCUCAGUCUGUUCGACAUGAGAGCAAUGAAGAGAGCCCAACUUAUGAAUCUAGUAUCUCUGUAAAUGAUUAUGGUGUACAUUCUGUUUCAGAUGUUUCUUCUGUGAUAAAUAGGAACUCAGAUAUUCCCCCUUGCAUUUGUCAACCUGAUCCUGUUGAUGAGGAAAUCAAUAGGAUUCUUUCAGAUUUACCUGCUAUAAAUCCAGAUGAAAUUAAUCUUGAAGAUAAUGCUUCAUCACCAAAACGACCUACAUCUGUUACAAGUGAUGAUUUAAAUAGGUUAUCAGAACCUUUGGAAUAUGUGAAUGGUGUGUAUGAUUGCCAUGGUACUUGGAGGCCGUGGGAAGAAUGUACUGAACAAAGAUCUUAUUUAGGGGAACGUUUUCAAAUAUUGCCUUAUGUAAAUAUUGAUUAGAUAAUUAAAUUGUACACUGCAUCAAAGAAUGAAUUUCAUUUCUUUCUUACUUUAUAGUUUAGAGACAUAAUGUUUACAAAUGGUUUCCUUAACCAAUUAUGUGAUACUAAAUUACAUAUUUUGUAUAUGUAAAUCUUGUUAAAAGUUGCUAAAAGAAAAUUAUAUAGGAACCUGUUUUAUCAAAUUUAUUACCUUUGGAUUUAAUCAAAAUAAUUUUCGGUAACCUAUAAUAUUCAGAGAAUCCUUUUUGCCUGUUUUGAUUAAGUAUAUAUAAACUUUAUGUAUAUAUUAGUUUGCGCUUUAUAUACAAAAUUUUGUUUGUCAAAUGAUUAUUUUAAUUACCAAAAACAUUAAAUCAAUGAAAGUGAUUAUUUAAGUAUAUAAUAAAGAUGAAGACAUUUGUA